AUGAGAAUCCUAUCUGCAUUUUUUGCUGUACUUUUCACAUUCAUCAAUCCUACGAUGAUUGUCAAUGGUGAGUUCUCAGUUUGUUUUAAAUUUUUAAAUUUCAAAAUUUUCUAGAAAAUCAUGUCGCCUUGAAACUAAAAUCAGUGAAGCAUUUUAAUUCAAGUGAAGAAUACUUGAUUUUUUGAACCAAAAGUUUUAGUUGUUUUUCGGUUGCAAAACAAAAAUUGAGGGAUUUCAGAGUCGAAAAAACAAGAUUUUUUUCUGAAUGUUUUGAUCUGAAAUGCUUUUUGACAGUCAGAAAAAUAUUUUCAACUAAAAACAUGUUUGAAUAGUUUGUCGAAAAUUGAAAAGUUCCAAAAUUUUGAUCCACAAAAUAGUUGGAAAAUUUUUUACCGGAAUACUUUAAAAAUAUAGAACUUCUCAAUUUUUGAAUAUAAAUUUCGAAAGUUCUGAAAAAAAUUUCCACAUAUCGAAAACACGAAAUUUUGGAAAAAUUUUUUUUAGAAAAUUACUUUUGAAAUUUUGAUAAGCAACUACUUUUGAAUUUUUUGUUGUUUCAAAAACUCAAAUUACUCAAAUUUGAUCCCCUUCUCUCAAAAAGAAUUCAUGAUUCUUGAACAUUCUCAACUUGAAAAGCCUUAAUCUCCCUGAGCUUUAUUUCAAAGAAAAAUCACAAAUCUUCAAAGAUCCUGAUCUCUAAUUCUAAUGUGAAAACCUUUCAGUUAUUACUCAAUACGAAUCAUUUUUCAACGCCGAUUUUCCGGAAAAAGUCAAAAUCACAUUUUUGGCCAACAUAGUGGAUGCGAUAAAAAAUAGUGAUAUUCGAAUCAAAUCAUAUGUCUACGGUUUUAUGAUAAUAAUUACUUGUGUUCAUAUUGGUUUCACAUGUUGUAAUUUAUAUGGAAUUUAUUCGUGUAAAGUGAAAUUUAUGAAACCGUUGAUUGUCGACAUUUUUGCGAGUCUGGUGAGUUUUGCGAUUUGGGAAAAGCUUGGUUACUGGGGAAAACAGAGAACCGCUGAUCAAAGCGAUUCUUGAGUCGAAAAUUCAAGAAUCCUUUUGUUUUCAGAUAUUUCUGCUUAUUUUCGUCUUAUUUUCCCUUUUCACAUAUUGGCGAUUAAACACAUUUGGAGGACAAAGUGAGAAAGAAAUGACAAAAAUUCAGCUCAAAAAUUUGUAUGUUGGUGUCGGAUUCCUGAUAGUUUAUAUUUUAUGGACUGUUAUUACAUGUAUGGCACAUCACGAUACAAGAAAAUUACGAGCUGAUUUUAUGUAUUGGAUUGAAGAAGAGAGGCAAUCAAUGAGGAGUCGACAUAAUGUUUCGAUUGAUAAUCGGUUAGAUUUUUUUAUUUUUUGAAGGCUGUAAUGAAAUAACUAUUUUGAUAGGAACUUCCACAAAGUCUCUCAACAAAUCAAAAAAAUAGAAAAAAAUUUACUGGUUCUUCAAACUUUAUUUCAAAGAAAGUUAGGAAAAUCGAAAGCUAAACAUUAAAAUAAUUUCCGGUGCAACAAAUUGCUUUUAGCAUUGUUUUUGUGAUCUUUCUGAUUAAUUCGAGAAACAAGUUUGUUCAUUUUCAAAAAAAAUUGCAAGAAAUCUGGAUUUUUUCGAACUUUAGUCUAGUUUCAUUUGACUAGGGAAAUGUCAGAGAACUGGAAAUAAUUCCAAGAGAAUUUCCGGUGAAACAAAUUGCAAUUUUUCUUUUGCAAAAAAUAUUGAGCUCGAAGUUGCAGGGAUUUCAGAGGGAAUUUGGAGAAAAACAUUACUUUGACAAUUAGUUUUGGAAUAAAUGAAAAAUCGCAACUACAUUAAAUACUUGAGAUUGUGAGAAUAAAUUAUAUGAAAAAUGAAACUUGAAGGUCCAUGUGGCAAAUUGUACUUUGAAAGCUUCAAUGUCAAGAAUCCGAGUCUAGAAAUCCUAGUUCAAUUAUCCCUUGAUCUGUUAAUUUCCAGUUUACAAAAAAAAUUCCCUGAAAAAUUAAUUCCAGAAAUUCUGCAAAACCUACAUCAUUAUAAUCAUAUUUUUUUACGAAAUUAAAUUCCAAUUUCCAAAAAAAUGUCACGCGAUUAUUAUUAAAUUUUUAUCCACCCCCUCCUCCCCCAUUUCUAAAAAAAAGACCUCCGGGAUAAGCCUAACAAAGAGAAAAAAGCAUAGACAAUCCUAUUUUCCAGCUCUGAUCGCUCUUCCAAAGGCUCAAAAGCUUCUCGAGCUUCAAAAGGAUCAGCUCGAAGUGCAAAAUCGGAAAUAGUUCAAUCAUCAAAUCAACGAAAAAAAUCGGUAGAAGAAACACCAAUUGGCGCGACGCCAGCAGCUCCUUUUGAUAAAAAACGAACAAAAGGCGAUUAUUCAUCAGUUCCCACGUGUAAUACACCAACUCAAAGAGAGAAAAAGGUGUCAGUUGUCAAUGCCAGAUUGUCAGUUCCUUUGUGAAAACAACAUUUGAAUUUAAAAUUGAAUGUAUUUAAAUUUCAAAUCACAAUUUGUAUUGUUUUCUCAGCCUCAGCUAGAAAAACAAACAAUUUCCCCCAUAUUUUUGCUCAUUGGAAUAAGCGUGUAUUUAUUGUAUUAUGGUUUCGAUUCCUCCCUCCAUUCCUCCACAGAUUUUUUUUUCAAUUUAUUUGUAAUUUCUCUCGUCUCAUAUUUCAAUUUCAAUUAUAUAUUUAUUCUGUUUAUAAUUAGUGCAAUGAAGAGUUUUUUUGACAUCAAGAUGAAAAAUUCAAUUCGUCUCAUUUCAGUUCAAUUUAUCUUCUUCUCUUCGUCUCCAAUGAGUCUCGCUAGCGAAAAAAAAAGAAAAUAAAAAACGUGACAUGCCAGGUGAUUGCAGCGAGAGAUGUGUCAAUUGCACACAAUACGGCGAGAGACGCAGACACUCUUCACUGACGCGUUUUGUGUGGCACGCGAAACGCGCCAACUCCUCUGCCACAUUUUUAUUUCCUAAAAUUUUCGUGUUUCAAACUUUGGCGCGCGAAAACGUGGCGAGCUUUUCAUUCGAAAAUUUUGGUGAAAUUUUAGAAACAGUUUUUGGUUAGGGAAGACUUGCGGAUCAAUAGUUUGAGAGCGAGAGAGAGGAAGAAUAUUUAAUUAUUUUUUUGUUGUUGUUUUCUCUUUUUUUGCGCUGGAAAAAGAGAAGACUAUUAAUGUGUUAUAUGCUGAUUUAUUCAAAAUCGAUUUUCUCAUCUCUUCUUUUUACUUUGCAUUUUUGAGCCUUGAUGAAAAGAUGAUAAGAUCUUUUGUCUAGUCAUAAGACCAGACGACAACAGUCACGUGUAAAUAUUUAUUUCAAUUCAACCUGAUUUUAAAAUAUUUUUUCACAAAUAUUGUGAUGUAUGUUAUCUAUUUAUGAAAACAAGGUCUCCCAAAAGGGCUUUUUUACUUGACAACCGAAAAUCUGUCAGUAACCAAAAAUCUAUCUAUUUUGGGAUGAAAAUCUGUUCGAUGUUCUCGUAAAAUUGUUAUUGUUCCCAAUAUUUUAUUAUCGUUUUAUUCAAACAAAUAUUUUGCAGCUAGCGUUUCUCCCCACAAGGAUAAGCGAUCGCCCAAAUUUGGCCCCCAAACUGCGUGAUGUCCAGUGAAGAGGCGCAAGGCGGUGGCGGUGUCCUUAACAAAGACAUCGCCAACGUCAACGAGUCUCUUUCCAAAGCGGAAGGCAGCCCAACACCACCAGCAACAAGAACGCCCAACAAUUCGGAGAACACUUCGCCGACCAAUGGAAAAGGAGGAAAUCGUCAUCGUAGACGAUCGACAACAAAAGGCGAUGGUGCGAUCAAGAAUGACGGCGAAAAUGAACAACAACCGAACUCCAGAAAUGGAAGUCGACACAAUAGUAAGACGCAUACCAAUAGGAAGGAUUGGUCCGAAAGAAAGAGUUUGAGUCAAGGUGGAGCCAAUGCGAAAAAUGGUCAGAACAAGAGUGAUGAUCAUAAGAGAACAAGAAGCACCAACUGUGAGUUUACCCCUGGGAGUUGUUUCAGGAAUUUAUUGAGAAAUCGUGAUUUUUACAGCUACCAGCGGCAAACGUAACAACCAACGCGACUCAACUCGAACUAUUUCGCAAGGCAGCAAUGGAGAGGGUUAUGAUUACAGCGAUGAGUGUAAGUUAUUUCCAACUAUAGGAUCAAAUUUCCAUUGAAAUGUUUUCAGACGAGCUCGAAGAACCAUUCUCCGACUCGGAAGACGAAGAUACCCGCCCAAAGAAGCCGCAAAAAAUGAGUUUGACAAUCGCUCGCGGUCGAAUUCGCACAUUGUCGGGAACUGUUCCAGUCGUCGGUUAUUCGCCACACUGGGGUGGACCAACAAUGUGUUUGAGUUGUUUGCAAUUCUUCGACCUUCCCGAUCAAGUUUCACAAUUCACCGAUCAUUUGCUCAAAGAGCACAAGAUUGUGGUUUCCGAGAUGAAUUUGAUUGUCGACCCGAAGCGAUACAUCGAACAUUGGCGACAACGUUUCGCCAAAGAAUCGAUCGAUAAAGUUUUCCCAAAAAUCGAACCGGCUGUCGAAGGAGAUCGUCAUUUUGGCGAGACCGAUUACUAUUAUUUGAUGUCAGAGAAUAUUGCGGAAGAUCGAACAUUGAGACAAAGAUUGGCGAUGCGAAGAUUGGAAGAAGCCUUGUCCUGUCAACAAAGAGAACGGUAAGAUAUAGCAAUAAUUAUCUAGAGUAACUUAUGUUAAGAUGAGCAAUGAUAGAAAUUUUGUACAGCGGCCGAGGGGUUGGUAGUAACGUGGCCUGAGAAGGCCUAACCCAACGUUACGCCAACCAUCAGAAGAUGGAUGUUUUGUGCAAUGUCUGAGCUUAAAAUCACUCAUAAAAUUCCGAAAAUCUUCGAAACUCCCUUCAAAAAUUUUUUUAUUUUUCAGUGACGACACUUCAUUCCAACUUCAAUGCAUCUUCUGUCGCUACAAUGCUCGUGGAAACCGUUCAAAGAUCAUCCAUCAUCUUUACAUGAUUCAUCAUCUCAAUCUCGGAUCUCCAGACAAUCUUGUAUUCGUCACCGAAUACAUAGAGCAUUUGAAAGAGAAACUUCAUCGAAACGAAUGUAUAUAUUGUGAGAAGAUAUUCCCGGAUCGCAACACGCUUAUGGAUCAUAUGCGUAAGCGUAAUCAUCGAGAAGUCAAUCCGAAAAACCAUUAUUAUGACAAGUUUUACAUUAUCAACUACUUGGAAUUGGGAAAACGUUGGUUGGAUGUUUUGGCCGAAGAUUUCGAGGACACUAUGCCAACUUUCGUUGAUUCGGAUGAAGAAGAGGAAGAGUAAGGAUUUAUCGGAAAAUCCCCAAGAUUAUUUUUUAAAUCUUUUUUUUCAGCCAAGAAUGGUGCGAAUGGCAAGAAGAUAAUCUCGACGCAGAUGAAACUCGCGUCGUUUGUCUUCUUUGCGAGCACAGCGAAGACAAUGGUCCAUCACUUUUGGAGCACAUGAAAACAGCUCAUGAAUUCGAUUUGCUCAAACAAAUCGAGGACAACAAGUUGAACAACUACGAGCGCUCAAAAUUGAUCAAUUUCAUCCGCAAACAAAACUAUCAUGCGAAUUGUUGGGUUUGUCAAAGAGAGGAUUUCGAGAAUCCACUUGCUCUUCAAAAACACAUCGUCGAGCACAAACCAUUGACUGUAAGCUUUUAUUAAUCUUCUUUAUGGGGUUUAAUAAUUUGAAGGGGGAUUGAAAAACAAAAAAAUUUCAAGAAAAUGUUGUUAUCUCUUUGUUUAAUCAAUAAUUCAAUUCAUUUAAAGCCACACAAAAAUAAUUUCAGAGUACAAUAAAACGCUAAAAUAGUGACCCAUUCCAAGCAAAAGUUUCCAAAACCAACAUUUUUAUUUUCAGGAACUCCCAGAAGCAUCAGUCUACGAUAACGAAGAGAAUUUGGUUCCACUUUUCGGAAACGACCACUUCUUGUGGAUGUUGGAAUCGAUUCUUGAUGACAUCGAAGACUCCAGUGAUGCUGACGAAAUUGAAGAUGCUAAAGUCAAAUUGGAUAAACUCGUCCUCGAAAGCAAGAAGAACACCGUCGAUGGAGUUAUUGCUGAAGAUUUGCCGGAACUUCACGAACUCAACGACGAUGAUUUGAAUGAAUUGAUGUAA